AUGUGUGAAUGUGGCAAGUUUGGAAUAAACUCACCCUUGAGGUCAGCUUCUGGGUUAGCGGUGCUUCCAAAUUCGGAUCCUCUGGCAUGCUCGAAGAACACUACUUUCACUGCAAGUCACCAGCCAUGGAUUGCCCUGAUAAAAACUGGAAAAUGCUCCUACACUAAGAAGAUCAAUUCGGCCCAGCGAGAAGGAGCCUCUGCUGUGGUUAUUUACAAUGAGGACGGGACAGGCAAUGACGUUAUACUUAUGAUGUAUUCAGGUGCUGAUGAUCUAGUUGCUAUCAAUAUUGGCAAUAUUUUAGGCACACAGAUUGCUUACCUGAUCAACAAUGGUUUGGAUGUUAAUAUGACGAUUAAUGUAGCCACUCCAACUGGCGUGUGGAAGGGUACAUGGGCAUAUGUGCUGUCUUUCACUUUCAUUGGAAUAACAGCCGUCACGAUGUUCUACUUUGCAUUCCUGUUUAUGAAACGCAUGUACAUAAACCGACAACUUCGUAGGCAACAGAUGGAGAUAAAAAGAGAGACUGAAAAGGCAAUUGGAAAGUUAGAAGUGCGGACUCUACGGACAAAUGACCCGGAGGUUGAUUCAGAUGACACUGGCUGUGUGGUUUGCACUGACUCUUACCAACGUGGUGAACAAGUCACAGUUUUACCCUGCAG